AUGGCUGGAAAAUCUAACAAGGCCAGAAACAAGGGGAGGGCCUUGAAUUCCAAUCCUGCUGAUUCUUUGGAAUCGGAAUCAAAGGCACCUACUUCAUCAUCCUCGAAUGCUGGUGCUGGUGCUCUAUCUAAUGGGGAUGCCAGUGGAAUUCAGGACACAAGCAAUAAGUCCCCUGCAGAAAAUGUGGCUGUUGCUGAUAAGGGAGAGACGGCAAAUCCUUCAGCAACAACAUCCAAGCAGGCUGGAGGUGAGCUUCAUCUUUACCCUGUUGCUAUCAAGGCACCAUCUGGGGAAAAGCUAGAGUUGCAGCUAAGUCCAGGAGAUUCUGUGAUGGAUGUCAGACAGUUCCUUCUUGAUGCUCCAGAGACAUGUUUCUUUACUUGCUAUGAUUUGAUUAUGCAUACUAAAGAUGGGUCAGUUCAUCAUUUAGAGGAUUACAAUGAAAUUUCUGAAGUUGCAGAUAUCACAACUGGUGGUUGCACCUUAGAGAUGGUUGCUGCAUUAUAUGAUGAGAGAUCCAUAAGGUCACAUGUACGCCGUGCACGAGAAUUGCUCUCUCUUUCAACUCUUCAUGUCUCAUUAUCUACACUGCUAGCUUUACAGCAUGAGACUGCACAACAAAAAACUUCAGAGAAAACGGAAACUCCAGAUGGGUUAGGUUUCAUGGAGGACAUUACUGGUUCCCUCCACAAUUUGGUGACACCGAUGCCUAAUGAGAUCAAAUGUGCGGAAAGCAUUGUAUUUUCUUCUUUCAACCCUCCUCCAACUUACAGAAGGCUAGUUGGAGAUCUGAUUUAUAUUGAUGUAGUGACAUUAGAAGGAAAUAAAUUUUGCAUCACGGGGACCUCAAAAGCUUUUUACGUGAAUUCUAGUACAGGGAAUAUAUUAGAUCCAAGGCCAUCAAAACCUGCUUAUGAAGCAAGUACCCUAAUUAGUCUAUUGCAAAAAAUCAGCUCCAAGUUCAAAAAAGGUUUUCGUGAAAUAUUGGACCGAAAAGCUUCUGCACAUCCUUUUGAAACUGUUCAAUCCCUGUUGCCACCAAAUUCAUGGUUGGGACACUAUCCCAUUCCAGGUCAUGAAAGGGAUGCAGCGAGAGCAGAGGAUGCCUUUGCUCUUUCAUAUGGAAGCGAACUAAUUGGCAUGCAGAGAGACUGGAAUGAAGAAUUACAAUCCUGUCGGGAAUUUCCUCAUAAUACUCCCCAAGAAAGGAUACUACGUGACAGGGCUCUUUAUAAAGUGACAUGUGAUUUCGUUGAUGCAGCAAUUAAAGGUGCAAUUGGAGUCAUCAACAGAUGUAUACCCCCUAUUAAUCCAACUGAUCCAGAAUGUUUCCAUAUGUAUGUGCACAAUAACAUAUUCUUUAGUUUUGCUGUGGAUGCUGACCUUGGGCAGAUCUCAAAAGAUCAAGCAUUGACUGUUGAGUCAAAAUCUGGGCAUGGUAUUGACAACUGCAAUGAUGUGACCUCACCCAAUUUAUUGGCGAAGACAUCAGAUCAUACUUCUGAUACAUCUGCUGAGGCACAGAUUUCUGACAACGAGCAAGCUACAUAUGCUUCUGCAAAUAAUGACCUGAAAGGAACUAAAGCUUACCAGGAAGCUGAUGUUCCUGGACUUUAUAAUCUUGCUAUGGCUAUAAUUGAUUACAGAGGUUACAGAGUGGUAGCACAGAGCAUUAUCCCUGGCAUCCUUCAAGGGGAUAAAUCAGAUUCCCUUCUAUAUGGUUCUGUUGACAAUGGCAAGAAAAUUUGUUGGGAUGAAUCAUUUCAUUCCAAGGUAGUAGAGGCUGCUAAGCGCCUUCAUUUGAAGGAACACACUGUUAUGGAUGGAUCUGGCAAUGUUGUCAAAUUAGCUGCUCCGGUGGAAUCCAAGGGUAUCAUUGGCAGCGAUGACAGGCACUACCUUUUGGAUCUGAUGAGGGUGACUCCUCGUGAUGCAAAUUAUAGUGGACCUGGACACCGGUUUUGUGUCUUGAGGCCUGAACUUGUUGCUUCCUUUUGUGAGGCUGAAGCUGCAGAGAGGUCACCCUCUAGACCUAAAAUUGCAGGAGAGUACUCAGAGGCACCUGAUUCUCGAAGUUCUAGUGCUCAUGUAAUGGGAACACCUGUAGAAGUGCAGACAAAAGCUGGUGAAGAAUGUGCUUCUGCACCUGCUGAAGUUCGGACACCAGGCGAAGAUAUACUUCUGAAUCCAAAUGUCUUUACCGAGUUCAAGCUGGCAGGCAGUCAGGAGGAUAUUGCUACAGAUGAAGCAAUUGUGAGGAAGGCUGCUUCAUAUCUUACAGAUGUGGUUCUUCGGAAGUUCGUUCAAGACCUUUGCUCCCUUGAGGUCUCACCCAUGGAUGGCCAGUCAUUAACUGAUGCACUCCAUGCUCAUGGGAUAAAUGUUCGCUAUCUUGGAAAAGUUGCUGACAUGGUCAAACAUUUACCUCACCUAUGGGAUAUAUGUUCCACCGAGAUUGUUGUUAGGUCAGCAAAACAUAUUUUAAAGGAUAUGCUGAGGGAAUCACAGGAUCAUGAUCUCGGGCCAGCAAUUGCUCAUUUCUUCAAUUGUUUUGCUGGAAAUAUUUCACCUGUUGGCACAAAAGGCUGCACUAACAAUUCACAGUCAAAAACCCAGAAGAAGGGCCAAGAGAACCAUAAGUCUCUAGAUAAGUCUGGAAAGGGGCAAAUGAGGUUGAGACAUGGAGCAUCAUCUAAAAAAGGUCACUCAGCACAUUUGCUCUUGACAUCUGAAGGACUUUGGUCGUACAUUCGGGAAUUUGCUAGACUCAAAUAUCAGUUUGAAUUACCAGAUGAUGCAAGGAUACGAGUAAAAAAGGUUGCAGUCAUUCGUAAUUUGUGCCAAAAGGUAGGAAUAACAAUUGCUGCACGCAAAUUUGAUCUUGAUUCUUCGGCACCAUUUCAAACCUCAGAUAUUCUAGAUCUCCAGCCAGUUGUGAAGCAUUCAGUUCCAAUGUGCUCAGAAGCAAGGAAUCUCAUGGAAUCCGGGAAAGCCCGACUGGCUGAGGGAAUGCUAAAUGAAGCCUACACCUUUUUUUCUGAAGCAUUUUCUAUACUUCAACAAAUUACAGGUCCUAUGCAUCGCGAUGUUGCUAACUGCUGCCGCUAUCUUGCAAUGGUUCUAUAUCAUGCUGGUGACAUGGCUGGAGCUAUCGUGCAGCAGCACAAAGAACUAAUCAUAAAUGAGCGGUGUCUUGGUCUAGACCAUCCUGAUACUGCACACAGCUAUGGAAACAUGGCUUUGUUCUACCAUGGCCUCAAUCAGACCGAACUUGCUCUGCGGCAUAUGUCUCGAACAUUGCUCCUGCUAAGUUUGUCAUCAGGGCCCGAUCAUCCUGAUGUUGCAGCAACUUUCAUAAAUGUUGCUAUGAUGUACCAGGAUAUUGGGAAUAUGAAUGCUGCACUCCGUUAUUUGCAAGAAGCACUAAAAAAGAAUGAGCGGCUUCUUGGUCCAGAGCAUAUUCAAACUGCUGUGUGUUACCAUGCUCUUGCCAUUGCAUUUAACUGUAUGGGUGCCUACAAGCUUUCUAUUCAGCACGAAAAGAAAACUUAUGAUAUACUUGUUAAUCAACUUGGGGAGGAGGAUUCAAAAACACAAGAUUCAGAAAAUUGGAUUAAGACAUUUAAAUCGCGCGAGCAGCAGGCAAGUGCACAGAAACAAAAGGGGCAGGCGGUCAAUACAGCUUCUGCCUUAAAGGCUAUUGAUAUUUUGAAGGCAUUCCAAGCUGCGGCUGGGGGUUCUGCAAAUACUAGUGCAUCAUCAGUCAAUAAAUCCCUUAAUGCAGCUAUUAUUGGGGAGCCUCUUCCUCGAGGUAGGGGUGUUGAUGAACGAGCAGCUCGUGCAGCAGCAGAAAUGCGGAAGAAAGCUGCAGCUAGAGGCCUCCUUGUGCGCCAGAAUGGUGUGCCUGUCCAAGCUCUGCCCCCACUGACACAGCUCCUCAGCAUCAUCAACUCCGGUGCUACUGCUUCUGAAGCUCAACCAAAUGCCCAGGCAAAUGAACCUGAGGGGGAGGCGGACAAUGGCUCCACCUUGAAUGGUACUCCAGUUGGCACAAAGGAUGCCAAUGGAUCAGUUGAGAACCAUGAUGAUCAAGGUCCUGUUGGGUUAGGAACUUCUUUAGCUUCAUUGGACUCCAAGAAGCAAAAAUCAAAACCAAAGGCUACAGCUUGAGGAAGGAAAUGGCGGCGUUUUUAUCAGUUGGGCUAUAUAGCCUGCAGUUUUGAACAUGAAUGUGAUUUUUAAGGACCACCCAACUUUUUUGCUUCAUAUGGGGGAAAGUUGAUGAUAAUAAAUGAGCAUUUUCAUUCAAUCAUAAAGAUUUUCAUAGGAUGGCAGCAACUGGAGUCAUGAUCAUCCAGAUUAGAUGCAGAAGUUGGUUCGAACAUGUUUUCCCAAUGAUUUACUCGAAUAUGGAUGCUUUCGAUCCUAGCAAAUAUCCAAACUCCAGUUGACGGUAUGGACAAACCUAGGUUUCAUUUAGAAUAAGUGGUUGCUCGGCCCUUUGAAUUCAACGAGGCAAACGCGGCAACCAUGCGUGCUUUUUUCUUCAUACAGCUGACUACUACUUUCUAAAUGAUGUAUUUGUACGAUAUGCCUGACGAGCAUAGCCAGCAAGGCGUUCUAACUUGUAAGACAUGGGAUAUAGGCCAGUUGAGCAAUUCCUAGAAAAUGUUAAUCUAGAAAUGUUCCACUCUGCUCUCUUUGUAGUGUUUUUUAUUAGUCUUAGUUUUGUUGUUUUAAUACUUAUAAGAUGGUGAGCUUUUUUUAAGCCACCAGUUCUUUCUCCUAUGUAUAUUCAUUUUAGUGAACCCAAUGAAUCCAUUUUUAUUGCGCGUC